AUGUUGCUCGUAUCAUCUUUGUGGCUCUUGGCCGCCUCCAUAACCCAAGGCAAUGCUUACCUGCUUGGACGCUCGCCCAUCACUGAAUGUCUGGACGACUCUUCUGUUCCUCAGGUAGCCCCUGGCUCAACAAACUUUACAAGCCUUAGCAAGCCUUUCAACCUUCGAGUGCCCUUCACUCCGGCUACGAUUGCGGUCCCAGAGGCGGUUGACCAGGUCCAAGCCGCGGUGAAGUGUGCUGCCAAACUCAAGCUUACCGCAUCUGCCAGAUCUGGAGGCCACAGCUAUGCGUCCUGGGGUCUUGGUGGGGAGGAUGGCCACCUAGUGAUUGACAUGAAGCGCUUCAACAAGGUCCAGCUGGAUCAAGGUAGCAAAAUCGCCACCAUUGGCUCCGGAUCUCGUCUUGGAAAUAUUGCGUUGGGUCUGUACGACCAAGGCAAAAGGGCGAUAUCUCAGGGCAUGUGCCCAGAAGUCGGUCUGGGUGGAUUUGUUCUUCACGGUGGCUUCGGCUAUUCGUCUCGCCGAAAAGGCCUCACCCUCGAUGCAAUGGUUGAGGCUGAAGUCGUACUGGCAGACGGUAGUCUCGUGAAGGCAUCUCAAUCCGAGAAUUCUGAUCUCUUCUGGGCUCUCCGGGGCGCCGGAUCUUCUUUUGGAAUCGUCACCAACUUCAAGAUUCAAACCUUCGAGGCACCGGAGGAGAACACAGUCUUCGAGUAUGCCCUGGGUAUCGAGAACAGCAGUGCUGCUCAAACAGCCAUUGCAGCAGUCCAGGAAUUUGCAACCACCAAGCAGCCCAAGGAACUUCAGACACGACUCUUCAUCAACAAGGACGCCUUCUCCCUGGUCGGCAUCUACUAUGGUCCUCAAAAAACUUUCUCCGAAGUCAUCGCACCCCUGACUGCCAAGCUUGGUAAUCCUACAGGUAAGAUUGCUGACAAAGGCUGGAUCGAUAGCCUCCUCAAGUAUUCCAACGGCCCAUUGGAACAACCUCUCGACUUCUACGACAAGCACGAGACAUUCUUUUGCAAGAGUCUUAUGGGCCCAGCGCUCUCCUCCGAUGGCCUCGUCGCCUUGUCAGACUACUUGUUCACGACCGCGAAAGCCAACACGCGGAGUUGGUUUCUGAACAUUGACCUACACGGCGGCCAGGGUUCUGCGAUCAGCGAGGUUGCCGUCGACGCCACCGCGUAUCCGCACCGCAAUGCUGUGCUGAAGAUGCAAUUUUACGACAACAUCAAUAGCAAGUUCCAGUUCCCGGCAGACGGGAUGGACUUGAUGAAUGGGUGGGUGCAGAAUGUAGAGAAGGCGAUGCCGGACGCGGUGUUUGGGAUGUAUUCGAACUACGCAGAUCCAAGUCUGAGUAGGGAUGAGGCACACAAACGGUACUGGGGACCGAAUUAUGCGAAGCUGGAAGAAAUUAAGAAGAAGUAUGACCCAGAGGCCAGGUUUAACAAUCCGCAGGCGGUAGGAAGUGGUUAGAUUGUGUAGAGAGGGGAUGAGGAAAGGAUUGAAGACCGCGUGGAGAUAGCUUGCCCUGGUGGCACAUUCUCCCUUUCCCUGGUGUGUUUAUCACAUACUGUGAGAGUUUUUCGUUGUACAUGGAUGUCUUCGCGAACAGCGCGUGAAGUGUGAUACACCAAGCCUCAAUUUUAUACAGAAUAGAAUAUUUGAUAAAUGUCUUAGAGGAGGC